AUGUCAGUGAGAGUGCGCUUCCUGUCCUCCGGGGACGCGGGGACCGUGGGGGUCAUGGGCCGGAGCGCCUCCUUCGCGGGCUUCAGCAGCGCCCAGGGCCGGAGGAUCGCAAAGUCCGUCCACAGGAACUCAGUGAGGUCCCGGAUGCCCGUGAAAUCCUCCAAGACGUACGGCACGCUGCGGAAGGGGUGCGUCUGCUCGGACCCCAAGCCCCAGCAAGUGAAGAAGAUCUUCGAAGCGCUGAAGAGGGGGCUCAAGGAGCAUCUGUGCGCCCAGCAGGCCGAGCUGGAUUUCCUGACAGGACGCCACAAGGACACCCGCAGGAAUUCCAGGCUGGCUUUCUAUUACGACCUGGACAAGCAAACACGCUCAGUGGAGAGGCACAUUCGGAAGAUGGAGUUUCACAUCAGCAAGGUGGACGAGCUCUACGAGGGCUACUGCAUCCAGUGCCGCCUGCGCGACGGCGCCUCCAACAUGCAGCGGGCCUUCUCCCGGUGCCCGCCCAGCCGCGCCUCCCGAGAGAGCCUGCAGGAGCUGGGCCGCAGCCUGCAGGAGUGCACCGAGGACAUGUGGCUCAUCGAGGGGGCCCUGGAGGUUCACCUGGGCGAGUUCCACGUCAGGAUGAAAGGCUUGGUGGGCUACGCACGUCUUUGUCCUGGAGACCAGUACGAGGUGCUCCUGCGUCUGGGCCGCCAGCGAUGGAAGCUGCGGGGCCGCAUCGAGUCUGACGACAGCCAGACCUGGGACGAGGAGGAGAAGGCCUUCAUUCCUACCCUGCACGAGAACUUCGAGAUCAAGGUGACGGAGCUGCGCGGCCUGAGCUCGCUGGCGGUGGGCGCGGUGACCUGCGACAUCACCGACUUCUUCACCACCCGGCCACAGGUCAUCGUGGUGGACAUCACAGAGCUGGGCACCAUCAAGCUGCAGCUGGAGGUGCUGUGGAACCCACUGGAUACCGAGAGCUUCCUGGUGUCACCCAGCGCCCCGGGCAAGUUCUCCAUAGGCAGCAGGAGGGGCUCCUUGUACAACUGGACACCCCCAAACACCCCCAGCUUCCGGGAGAGAUACUACCUGUCUGUCCUGCAGCCGCGGGCACAGCAGGCCUUGCUGCUGAACAGGCCAAGGGCCCCCUCGGUCCUCAGCUGCCUGUCCGAUGGCGACCUUCAGAGCCCUGGCCUGAGGAGCCGCAGUCAGGAGCUGCCCGAGAUGGACUCCUCCAGCUCCGAGGACCCCCGAGACACGGAGCCCAGCAUGUCAGCAUCCACCUUGGACGUGGGCGUCCUGCCCUCGGCCAUGGGCCCCAACUCCUCCAUCGAAGAGGAGGCCCAAGAGGACCCCCCGCCCCUGGGCCUCCUGCCGGACAUGCUGCGCUUGGCGCAGGGCUCGUUCGUGGAGCAGCCGGGCUGGAGAGACUUGGGGGUGGGAACCCCCGACCUGUCACGGGGCUCCCCCUUCCACAACCACGUGCUCCCGGGGAGCCAGGAGGGCCCCGACGAAGGAGACCCCGAGGACACGGCGGGUGGGCCUGGGCUGCCCCUCGAGAGGUCUCUGCAGGAGGUCCUGGACCUACUGAGGUCCAUGGACCCCGCGCCGCCGCAGCUCCGGGAGCUGGAGUACCAGGUCCUCACCUUCAGGGACCGGCUGAAGCCCCGCCGAGCUCGCCAGGAGCAUGCGUCCGCCGAGAGCCUGAUGGAGUGCAUCCUGGAGAGCUUCUCCUUCCUCAACGCCCACAUCGCCCCCCACGAGUUGGCCCUGUUUGGGGAAGCCCAGGGCCUGCGAAAGGACAAGAGUCCACCUCCACCACCAUCGCUGAAAGCAUCGUCCCGGGAGCUCACGGCUGGCUCCCCAGAGCUAGACGUGCUGCUCACGGUUCACCUCCAGGUCUGCAAAGCGCUGCUGCAGAAACUGGGCUCCCCUAAUCUGUCGAGGAUGGUCCAGGAGUGCCUUCUGGAAGAAGCUGCGCAGCAGAAGCAGGUUCUGGAGACGCUGUCCGUGCUUGACUUUGAGAAGGUCAGCAAAGCGAUGUCCAUUGAGGAGAUCCUCCCGCAGGCCACACGGAGGAAGGGCUGCCUGAAGCUCUGGAGAGGCUGCAUGGGGCCCGGCGCCGCCCUGUCCUGCCCGGGGAUGACGCUGCUGGACCAGCUCAAGAAGACGUUCCUGCACAGAGUCAGAGGGAAAUACCCGGGACAGCUAGAGAUAGCCUGUCGCGGGCUCCUGGAGCAGGUGGUCAGCUGCAGCGGGCUGCUACCUGCAGCCGGGCUCCCCGAGGAACAGACCGUCACCUGGUUCCAGUUUCACAGCUACCUGCGGAGGCAGAGCGUCUCCGACCUGGAGAAGCACUUUGCCCAGCUCACCAAAGAAGUAACGCUCUUGGAGGAGCUGCAGUGUGGGCCCCAAGCCAGGACAGUCAGGAAGCUGCAGGGGAAGCGGCUGGGCCAGCUCCAGCCCCUGCCGCAGACGCUGAGGGCCUGGGCGCUGCUCCAGCUGGACGGACCCCCCCGGGCGUGCAGAGCGGCCAGCGCCCGCCUGGCCGGUGCGGCCAGAAACAAGAGCUUUCGGGAAAAGGCCUUGCUCUUCUACACCAAUGCCCUGACUGAAAAUGAUGCAAAACUCCAGCAAGCUGCGUGCGUGGCGCUAAGACAUCUCCGGGGCGAGGAAAGCAUCGAUCAGCUCGCCAGCCUGUGCUGGUCUGACGUGGAGGCUGUGCGCGCGGCUGCCCGGGAAACCACGCUGUCUUUUGGGGAGAAAGGCCGCUUGGCUUUUGAGAAGAUGGACAGGCUCUGCUCAGAACAGAGAGAAGAGGCCUUUGGCCAGGAGGCAGACGUUGAAAUCACAAUCUUUUAA